AUGGAGAAGUGCAUGAUGAUACCCUCCGCCGCCGCUUCCGCUCCCGUCCCUCUCCUCCUCGGCUACCUACGAGCCACACCGGAAGCUGCCACCCGGGGCGCCGCCGCCAUCUUGCGAGAGGGGGCGGGGCUGAGGGCGGGCGGAAACACUGCAGGAUGGCCCCGCCCCUCUGUGAGACAGACCAAGAGGCGCCAAUGGAGGAGGAGGAGGGCGGGGCCAGGGAUCGGCGGGGGAGGGGCCACCAGCCGAGACAUUCGGUCCCUUAAAGGGCCAUCCCAGGAAGGGCGGAGCCAAGGAAGCCCCGCCCCGCCGGAAGGGGCGGCGCUUUCGGACCCGAGUGAAGACUUAGGCAUGGCGGAACAGGGAAGCGGCGGCGGCGGCGGCGCUGUCAUGGGGGCGGUCCCUCCGCCGCCUCCGGGGCCCUCGUCGGCGGAGGAGAAGCUGCAGCUGCGGAGGGAAAAGCGGCAGCAGAGGCGAAAGCAGCGCCGCGGAGGAGCCGCCAAGGAGGGCGCCCAGGAGCCGGAGGAGAAAGAGGAGGAAGGCCUGGCCCCGCAGACCGGGCCCCCGCCUGAGCCGCCCGCCGUUCUCUCGGCCGUUCCGGCGGAGAAGGCCCCCGGGAAGAGCAAGGCGGAGCUGCGGGCGGAGCGCCGGGCCAAGCAGGAGGCGGAGCGGGCGCGGAAGGCGGCGGCGGUGGCAGUGGCGAGGAAGGCCGAGGCCCCACAGGCCCCGGGACCGGGACCCCCCGCCCAGCCCAGCGAGGGAGCCCCGGGCCAGGGCCCAGCGGUGAAGCGGGUCCCGGAGCACGUCCAGGCGGACGACCCUGCGGCCCGCAGGAGGCUGGCCAAGAAGCUGGAGCGCCAGCAGGUGCCUUUGAGGCCGGACUACGGUGCCAAAGUCAGCCUCUUCUCCCACCUCCAUCAGUACAGCCGCAGGGAGCUCCUCACGCAGCAGAUGAGCAUCCCUGCCUCUACCAUCCACCCUGCGGUGGUGCGCCUCGGCCUCCAGUAUUCCCAGGGCAUUGUCAAUGGGUCCAAUGCCCGUUGCAUCGCUCUCCUGAGAGUCUUCAAACAGGUGAUUGAGGACUACACCACUCCCCCCAAAGAGGAGAUCUCCCGGGAUUUGGUGAACAAGCUGAAGCCCUACAUCAGCUUCCUGAACCAGUGUCGGCCCCUUUCCGCUAGCAUGGGCAAUGCUAUCAAGUUCCUCAAGAAGGAGAUCACAGCCCUGCCAGCAGCCAUACGGGAAGAGGAGGCCAAGGGGCUUCUGCAGGAGGCCCUCUUGAAGUACGAGCGAGAGAAGAUCUUCCUGGCAGCCCAGGCUGUCAGCAAGUCAGCCUUUGAGAAGAUCCACAAUGGGGACGUCAUUCUGGUCUAUGGCUGCUCUUCCCUGGUCAACCGGACGCUGUGCUAUGCCCAUGCUGAGGGCAAGGCCUUCCGGGUGGUGGUGGUGGACAGCCGGCCACGCCUGGAGGGCCGGGAAACGCUGCGCCGUCUGGUCCGGCAAGGAGUCCAGUGCAGCUACGUCCUCAUCAACGCCAUCUCCUAUGUCUUGCCUGAGGUUUCAAAGGUGCUGUUGGGGGCCCAUGCGCUGCUGGCCAACGGCUCUGUGAUGUCACGCAUGGGCACCUCCCAGAUUGCACUACUCUCCAAGGCCCACAACGUGCCGGUCCUAGUCUGUUGUGAGACCUACAAGUUCUGUGAGCGCGUCCAAACCGACUCCUUUGUUUCCAAUGAACUUGAUGACCCCGAUGACCUGAUUGGGACGAAUCACGGGAGGAGCCCACUGGCCGGCUGGCAGGAGAAUAAGGCCCUGCGCCUCCUCAACCUGGUCUACGAUGUCACCCCCCUGGAACUGGUGGAUCUGGUGAUCACGGACUUGGGGAUGAUCCCCUGCACCUCCGUCCCUGUUGUGCUGCGGGUCAAGAAUGUGGAGCAAUAAGGAGGAGGAGUUGGAGAGGAAAGGAAUAAACCUGCGCCUUGCUUAA